UAACACCAACAAUUCAGGACAAGCAAAACCCUAACACUAAGCCCUAGCGCCCACAAGCUUCUUCAAACACAGAGCCCUGGCACUCUGGAGCGAGAUGGAGGCUCAACUGAGAAGCAGCGCUGGAGUUGAGAGGGCUCUUCUUUCUAUAUUGGAGCUCUCAAUGGUGGAGGUUGUUCUGGCUGCUGGGAACUCUCUCCUUUGGAUUCUCUCGGCGGUUAUUCGGUUGAUGUCUACCUUGGUUCACUCUCUGUCAUUUGAUGCAGAUGAUUUGUUUAUAGUGGGUGAGAUGAUCAAAGGGAAACAUGUGGUGCCUCGUGGAGAUUCAAAGGCCGAAUAUGUCCCUGAAGACAAGGAUAGUGAUUCUGAAAAUGAUGAUGAUGAGGAUGGUGAAGAUCAAGAGGCUCAAGACGAGGACGGUGAAAAUGUGUCUGGUGAGGAAGGGCAAGGGAGUGAGGGGGCCGAAAAUGAGGAUCCAGAAGCAAAUGGUGAGGGUGGAAGUGAUGAUGAUGAUGAUGACGAGGAGGAUGAUGAUGACGAGGAUGAGGAUGACGAUGAUGACGAUGACGAUGAUGAUGAGGAUGAUGAAGAGGAGGAUGAUGAAGAUGUCCCUCAGCCACCUACCAAGAAGAGGAAAUGACGCGAAGUGUUUUGCAGUAGAUUCGUAUUUACUUGUAUUUGCUCUGAUUUGUGCUUAAGUUGAUUUGGCGAUAGAAAAUGAGGGAUUUCUUUCAUGUUGAAGUUUCGUCGGAUGGCAAGAGGAAAGCCUUGUCAUGUACCAGUGACCCGUAACCAUCGUUAUUGUUAUUUUACUGUGAAUUAUUAGUCAUUUGGUUGCUGUCAUUUGAUUGAACGUGGAAGUCUGUAUUGUUCUGCAAUGAAAAUUCGGGCUUUUUAGGAAAUGGAUGAUUAAGCUUCAGCUC